AUGCUGUCACAACUUCGACAACCACUGAAACUACAGCCACAACAACUUCCACAAUUUAUCGCACCACAAGCGAUUGUGCUGUCUUACUGGAGGUCUUUACUUGAUAGAAAUACAAUUUUCUUCAAUUUAUUCGCAAUCAAUUUUCAAAAGUUUUAUCUCAGAAUAUAUUAUAAUUUCAUUCAAAUUCACUCUACCCGUAUUAUCUUUCUGUUCCUCCCUUUCGCUCGCUAUCUAUCUAUCUAUCUAUCUAUCUAUCUAUCUAUCUAUCUAUCUAUCUAUCUAUCUAAAUCUUUCUCUUCCGAUCUGUCAAUUUUGUUCUCUUUCGAUCUAUCUAUCUAUCUAUCUAUCUAUCUAUCUAUCUAUCUAUCUAUCUAUCUAUCUAUUUUCUUUCCUUCUACCUUCUCUGAUUUUUCUUUCAUUGAUCUAUCUAUCUAUCUAUCUAUCUAUCUAUCUAUCUAUCUAUCUAUCUAUCUAUCUUUUCCACUUUCCAUAUACUACAUUCUCUCAAAUUUUCGACUCUCACUUGAUCUAUCUAUCUAUCUAUUAAAUUUUAUCUUUCUAUCUUUCUUCUCUAUGAAUCUAUUAAUCUAUCUAUAUUUUCCUCUUUCGAUAGAUUAUUUUUCUCGGUCUAUCUAUCUAUCUAUCUAUCUAUCUUUUCCUCUAUUUCUCUGA